CUGAAUCCUCUUUAACCUAGAUACAAGAACCAAAGAAUAAGAUUGGUUAGCAUUUAAGGAAGUGCAUAUUAUAUGUGUGUGAAGAUUAAACAUCACAAUAGCAGGUUGAACACAUUACUGUAAAGUGGAAUCUAUGAAGAUGAAGCUGUGUGUGAUUCUCAUCGUUUCAACUUUUCUGCCAGUGAACAGUGUGUUUGUAUACAAGUUCACUGAACUGGUUGGCUGCAGUGACUCUGUGGAUGAACCGAUAUUAUUGUACAGUCUGGACAGAAAUGAAAUAGUCUUUGAAGAUUACAAAGCCAACAACCAGGUCAGCCGACUUCCUCCGUUUGCAGAUCCAGUUCAUUUUGAAAACUUGUAUGACUAUGCCAUUUCUAAAAGAGAUAACUGCAUUCAGACCAUCGAAAAUGUGACAGCAACAAUCGGCAACCAAACUGAGAACAAAGUGCCUCCAGAUUGCAGCAUCUACCCCAAACAUGACGUGGUUCCUGGAGAAAAAAAUAACUUCAUCUGCUUCGUAACAAAUUUUUAUCCUCCACACAUCAAACUGAGGUGGAUGAGGAACGGUGUGUUUGUGACAGAGGGAGUGUACAUCAGCCAGUUUUCCAUAAACAGUGAUGGAACCUUCAAUAUAUUCUCCACACUGACCACUACUCCUGAUAAAGGAGAUAGAUUCAGCUGCAUGGUGGAGCACCAAGCUCUGGACUCCCCUCAUUCCAUAACAUGGGAUGAAUCAAUGGAACCUCCACGUCUAACCCCGAGUGUAACUCCGACGGUGGUGUUUGCAGUGGGAAUAUUGGGAUUAGCGACAGGAAUCUUCUUUGUCAUUAAAGGGACGUGUUUCCGUUAAAUUCCCGUCACAGUAGCAGAUUUUCAGUAUCAGUAGCAACAACUACAAUACUGAUGAAUAAUAAAUACAUAUUAUCUGAUUAUCACUACAUUAUAUCUUGUGGAACUUUGGUGAAAACUAAUCACCAUCUUCUGACCAAUCAGAAUCCAGAAUAUACUACUUUAUAAAAAUAAUAGAAUAUUAACAAUCCUGAUCUCACCUGAACUGUAUCUCAUUUGCAUGUAGUUCUUCACACUGUAUAUCAGAGCAUCUAGAUGAUCUAAAUCAUAAACAAAAACACUUUCCUCUGUGAGCACAUUUAUUAAUUCAUAUACAAAUAAAACUGUUUCUUUGUUCUUCACUGUUUACAUGAAAACACGUCUCUAAAUAAAGAAUAAAAUCACUGGAAUAAGUGAGUGUAACA